GCCACCGUGGGCGGGGCUCCGGGCGCCUCCCCCUCGGCCGGCCUCGCGCUGUGGUUCGCUCCGGCCGUGCUGCGCUCGCGAGUUCCCAGGAGGCCUGGCGGGCACCAUAACCAGCGCCGCGGACCCCGCAGGAUCCCGCGCCCGCCGCCGCCGCCGCGAUGCUGGGGCUGCUGGUGGCGUUGCUGGCCCUGGGGCUCGCCGUCUUUGCGCUGCUGGACGGCUGGUACCUGGUGCGCCUCCCGUGCGCCGUGCUGCGCGCACGCCUGCUGCAGCCGCGCGUCCGUGACCUGCUAGCGGAGCAGCGCUUCCCGGGCCGCGUGCUGCCCUCGGACUUGGACCUGCUGCUGCACAUGAACAACGCGCGCUACCUGCGCGAGGCCGACUUUGCGCGCGUCGCGCACCUGACCCGCUGCGGGGUGCUCGGGGCGCUGAGGGACUUGCGGGCGCACACAGUGCUAGCGGCCUCGUGUGCGCGCCACCGCCGCUCGCUGCGCCUGCUGGAGCCCUUCGAGGUGCGCACCCGCCUGCUGGGCUGGGACGACCGCGCGUUCUACCUGGAGGCGCGCUUUGUCAGCCUGCGGGACGGCUUCGUGUGCGCGCUGCUGCGCUUCCGGCAGCACCUGCUGGGCACCUCACCCGAGCGCGUCGUGCAGCACCUGUGCCAGCGCAGGGUGGAGCCCCCUGAGCUGCCCGUUGACCUGCAGCACUGGAUCUCCUACAACGAGGCCAGCAGCCAGCUGCUCCGCAUGGAGAGUGGGCUCAGUGAUGUCACCAAGGACCAGUGACCGCCACCUUCACACCCUGUCUGCCCCGUCCACCAUCCUGGGCCUGGGGGCUGCCCAAAGAUGGACAGUCUGGGCCACACUCUGUUCCAGCUGGAGUGGCCUCCUGACCAGCCUGGCCCACCCCAGUCCACCCACUGGGCCCCCCCAGUUAUUGAUACCCCUCCGUGCUGGGCUCCACGCUAGGCAGAGGGAGGAGUGGCAUUGGCAUCCUGACCCAGCUCUGCCCUCAAGGUGGGGAUGGAUGGGCAAAGGGGAGUCCUGCCUGGCCCUACAAUGAGGCCACUCGUGUGGGCCUAGGUAGGGGAGGAUGGUGCCUGGAGCAGAGGGGCCCACAAGUGCCUCCUGAGCCUAGAUCCUGGCUCGGACCACUGCAAGGGCCGAGGCAGGGCCAGACCAGAGCAUCCUGGAUGCAGUCCUGGGCUCUUCAGGGCCUGGGCCUGAUUCAGGUGCAGUGGGCACCCCUGAAGGGUCAGAGCAACAUCUGCCAGGCAGCCCCCUCUGGCUUCCGCUGAGGUGGAUGCAGGCCUGGGGCAGAGCCUGGGUGGUCAGAGGCCGGGGCUAGAGGCAGAUGGAAGGGAGGCAUUUGCUGACAGAGGAUGGGGGCACCCGGGCUCCCCGCUGCAGUCGGCCUUGCCUCUUCCUCCUCCUCCACCUCCAGUCAGGCUGGAUGGGAGGGUAGCCUUGUGGCUGAGAGGGGCCAGACCAGGUGGCACAGGGGCUCCUGGAGAGACAGCAGGCUUCCUCCUGGGGGUUCCCUUGUUGGAGGGAAUGGAGCAGGCGUGGGACUCUGCAGGGGUGUCCUCGCCCACUUGCACCCCUUGCUGGCCUGGCCGGCAGGCGUCCUCUUAACUCCACUGUCCUCUAUAUUUAGCAUGUUCCUUGUCAGCUGCUGGGCUGGCCCUGCCUUGCACUAGCAGAGCCUCUCCUGGCAGCUUCUCAGGUCUCCCUAAUGGAGACACCAGGCUACUAGGACACUGGCCGGGGCCACCCCCUCCUGCCUAAUGCCUCCCUCACCUUACAGCUGGGGAAACUGAGGCCUAGAAUGACCCAGAGUCACUGAGGCAAAGUUGGGGCUGGUCCCAGCCUGAGCCUCCAGCUAAUGCCCUCAGCUCCCAGAGGGGUUGCCCCACCUAGCUGGGUGCAGGGGUCACUGCUUGUCAGCUCGGCCCUGUGCCCGCCUGCCUGUGCCCCUGCAUCUGUGCCUGCACAUCCAGAACUGCCUCCUUGCCGCUGCCUCCAGGAAGCCCACCUUGAGCCAGAGUCCAGAGCUGCAGCGCUGCCCCUGAUAGAACACGCCUGCCCCCACUACCGUUCUUGCCUUAUAGCCACCAUGGGAAAGCUGCAACCUUUCUGUUUUAUUUAAAGAAAGCCCAACAUUAAAGGGUUUUCAUCAUAAGCAUG